AUCAGGGUUGAAUAGCUGUUUACAUGACAGGAGGAAAUGGCUAAACUUCCCUAACACAAUCUUUAAUUUGUUGUGCCAAGGGGGGUUUAGCAGCUGCGCCCCCUCCGAAAAUGUCUUUUUAACUGUUACGUAAAGCCUCAGUUGUUUAAUAAGCUUUCCGUUGUCUGUGUGAGGAUGUUAGAGGCGUCUCAGCGGCUGGAGAGUAACUCCAUAGAGGUAGCAGUGAUCCCAGAGAUUCAACACUGUGGAGAUGUAGCGAAUAUUCAGAAAGCUGAACUGGCUCCUGCGGGCUCCCUGCUUGGCUGUCUGGGUGCCCGGGGACAGCUGGUGGUGUGUGACCCGGCGGACAGAGGGGCUCCUCCGGCUUCAUUGGACGGCUGCUUCGGAGACUUUUUAUGGGAAGAGGUGGCCACCCACAGUCUUGGUGACAGCAACUUGAGACUGUUGGCUGUUGGGUCUCAGUGGGACCUCAAGUUGCUGGAGGUCAAAGCAGAACGAUCAGCGUCUAUUUCUCUGCUCAGUGUGUCUGAGUGUCCUGCAGACAGUCUACUCCAAACUGUCAAAGACCAAGACCACAGUGUGUGUGAGCUGAAGUCAGUUCGUGUGUUGUCUUUUGCGGCCGGUCGCUGCUGCAUUCUGCUGAAUUGCGACUGGCUGCUGCAGCUGCAAUGGCAUCAGGCGGAGGAAGAGCCACGGACGUUGUCCUGCUGCAGCCUCCAGCUGGAUGACAGGGACAGACUCAUGGCGGCCCAUCACUGUGUCAUCACAGACACUCUUUUCAUCCUCAGCUCCACAGGGCUCAUAUCUGUGCACAACAUCACUAAUGGCAGUCUGCUGGCCAGAAUUAACCUGCCAGACUACCUGAGCUCAGGCCAGGCAGAGGAGGCGCUGACCUCCUCUUCUCCCUCCUCCUUCUGCCUCAUCCAGGUGUCAGCUGAUCUCAGUACAGCUGUAGCUAUCACUCAGUCCCACACAGCUAUAGCUGUCGACCUUAACCACUAUUUCAGCUACUCUUUGACCUCUCCUGCCAAGAACUGGCCCUCGCCUGUAAGGCUCUUCUCUCCGGUGGACUUGAUUGUUGAGUUCUUUGUUCCUGAAUCAUCCACUGCAUCUCUGCUCAAUGUCUCUGAGUUCUCUGCCCUGCUGACGUUCGUCAGCCCUGGUAACAAAGAGACUACAGUGGCCUUAUGGGAUCUGGAGUCCGAGAGUGUGAGUUACCACAAGUCAGAGGCAGAGGCAGCUCCGGUUCAAUAUUGUGGAGAGAGACAUCACAGGCUGCUGCUAAAGAAGGCCGGUGUGUUCCAGGUCAUGUUCUCUGUGACCCAGCAGAACUUGCUCAGUAAGUUGAUGUUGUUUGGCAGUGCAGCAACAGUGGAUGCAGUUUGUCACCUGAACAACUGGGGGCGCUGCUCCAUUCCCAUCCAUGCCCUGCAGGCAGGACUGAAGAACCGUCAGCUGGACACAGUUGAUUUUUACCUAAAGAGCAAAGAAAAUAUACUGAAUCCAUCAAUGUUCAGUGCGGCUGAUCAGUCAGCCGCCUCCACAAUGAGCUUGACAGAGAAUGUGCAGGAGUUGUGUCCUGCACUGGACCUGUUGUGUUCCGCUGUUAGAGAUUCAAAUAGUGAAGCUCAGAGCCGACAGUUUUCAGAACAGCUGCUCAACAUCACCUUGAGCUUUGUCAACACGGAGAUCCGUUCUGUGCUGUCCAACACACAGUAUGAGGACUCAGAUGUGCAGAGCUGCUUGGACAUUCUGGAUCACUAUGUUAAUGAGCUGAGGAGUUACAUGAAGAGAUUCCCUUGGUCUGGAGGAGGCGACACAUCCAGUGGCAUCACUGCUGCUCCUGCUCAGGAGGACCCUGAUGAGUGGGAGCAGCUGCCAACGAAGGACAUGGUCCAUCAGUCCAUCUUGACAAAUCAGAUCCCCAGAGCUCAGAGUGUCCUGCGGAGGCAGAACCAGCCAGAACAACAUCUGUUGGCUCUAAAGAUGCAGGGGUUGCGUCAAGUUUUCUCCUGCCUGCAGCGCAGAGACCUUCAAACUGCCAACACACUUCUCACCAACAUGGGUUUCAAUGUAAAGCAGCAGCUCCACAGUAUCUGCCUCUACACAGACGACAAGCAGCUCAGGGAAUUACUGGUGGGAGAGCUGACAAGCCGGAGUUACUUCCCAGAGGAGGAAAUGCAGAGUAUUCUGUUCAUAAGGGAGAUGGAGAAGCUUGGGUCACUGCCGGCGUCCCGCUGCCCAGUAAAGACCUUGUCACGAAGGGUUGUUCAGAUGGUUCAUAAGGAGUGGGGUCAUGAGGAGGUUCUGAAGGAGCAGGCAGGACAGAGGAGGCUUGAAGGGGAGGGAGGAGGACUCUGGACGGACAUCAGACUGGACUGGGUGAGGAACUGGGACCAGAGCUGCCAGACCGUUGUUCUCUUGUCCAGACGCCAACACACAGAGUUGAGUUCCUGUGACUCUUCAGUGUUGUGGUGGUACCUGACAUUGCUCCAUGACCAGCAUCAGGUGGUUGAGUGGAUCCAGAACAGGGAGUCCUUUGGUUCUUCCAGAUGGCCAGAGUUAACUCCAGAACUUGUUAAUAACAACACAGUCUGCAGCACCUAUCUGAGGGAGAACAUCCUGGAUCUGCUGGCCAGGAGAGGCUUGUUCAUCCUGAAGGAGCUGGCAGACUUGGAGCAGCUGUUGUGGAGACUGGCUCAGGGCGGUGGGCUGAUGGCCUCAUCCCCUCCCAUCCCUCAGUACCGUUCCCCUCUUGGUCUUGACCUACACAGCCUUUUCAUCACCUUCUGCCUUGACCAUAACCUCCAGUACCUGCUCUAUACCUACCUGGAGCACUAUAGACUGACACCGAGAAACUGUUCCUUCCUAACCAAUCAGAACCUGUCUGAGAGUCAGCCCUGGUUUGAAAUGCUGGUGAAGAUCCAGGAAAUCACCAGAGAUCUGUCAGAUCCAGGGCUGGUCUUUCAAGCUAGUUUAACCAGUGCUCAGGUACUAUUACCAGGCAGCCAGGCAUCUCUCAGCAGUCUGCUCUUAGAAGGACAUAGUCUCCUGGCUCUGGCUGCCAUCAUGUUUGCCCCUGGAGGAAUUGACCAGGUGAUGUUUCAGGGUGAAAGGCUCAACAAGUCAGAGAGGACAGUUGACCCCCAGCUUCUGAAAAUGGCACUGGCCCCUCAUCCCAAACUGAGGGCCGCCUUGUUCCCUGCUGGACCUCGUGGAAGCAGCCCAACUGACAUUUCCAUUUAUCACCUUUUGCAGUCCCUGCAUCCUCUGGAUCCAUCCAAGCUCUUCGGCUGGCAGGCUACAAACACCCUCAACUCUACAGAAACAUCAGAUCUGCCUCAUUUCUCCAGCCCUCAUUUGGUCAGUAGGUUUGCUCUGGUGGAAAACUUGGACUUUCUGUACUACCUACGCCAUGGCCGACCAUCAUUUGCAUACGCCACUUUCCUUGUCCAGCAGCUGAGCAGCGGCAGUGACGUCAGGCUGCUGCUGCAGCAGGCUUGGACACAGGUGUACCGGUUGGCCUUGCAGUGUUUUCAUUUGUCGUCUGUGACUUCGGCUGCUAUUUGUUUCUGUGAACUGCUGGGAGCAUGCAGCCUCAAGCUGAGAGUUGACAUCAGAGCCAUGAACAUGAUCCUGCAGCACUGGAACCAGCAGAGCACGCACGCCAGUCCAACACAGCAUCUACAUACCCUGGUGUCUAAAGGUGUGAAGCUGGUGGAGGCGGAACCUGGAGCGGCAGAAGAGCUUAUUGGUUACCUGGAAGCUGCUGUGACAGACAGUCUGGAGCAGAAAGGCAUCAACAGGUCAUCGUAUGAGGCAGCUCAGGAGUGGGCUUUACCUGUUCAGUUCUGUCAGCUCCACGGCCUGAAGCUCAGCUCUGUUUACCCCACCCACUGUGCCAAUGACAGACAGUUCAUCCUCUUCUUAUUAUUCGUCCAACUGCACAACUUCCCUCCUGAGCAGGUGAGGUCACUGGCUGUUCAGUUUGGCCCUACCUUGCAGGCCCACCUGAGUCUGGCGUUUCAAGACUUACAGUUGUACAGUGAUAGGAGAGGCUGUGACCCUGAGGAGCAGUCAGGGUGCCUGAGAGCAGACAAGCUUUCGGCCAGACCACAGCACCCGACAGAGUUGUUCCAGGUCCUCCUUCAGAGCAAUGAGGAGACAGUGCCCUGCAGGUACCUGCUGCAGCAGGCACUGGUUCAACACUGCCCAUCACUGGCUAUACUUGCUGCCUGCCUACAGCCGACAGAGCUGCUGUCAUGCCUCUGUGUGUGGGUGCUGUCCUCCAUUGAUGAUGCUACUGCUGGGGAAGCCACCUCCCACCUGAUUGAAGCACCCCAGCACCAUGAGUGGAACCUGCAUGAUCUGUCAAAAAUCUGGAAGACACUGUUAGAACGGGGCUACGUCAGGCCCCUCCUACGAGGCUUUGAGCUUUUCCAGAGGGACUGUCCUCUUGUGUUGGUGCUCAAGAUGUUUGAGUUAUGUUGCGACUACAGAAACUUCACUGAGGCCAAAUCGAAGCUGCUGGACUUCCAGAGGACGCUCAUCACACUGAGAAAUGGUGGCACAGUAGCCCCUGACAGCCUCCCCCUGCAGUGGGUGGAGAGCCAGGCCUCUGUGCUGCUCCUCACAAUUCUGCAACACUGCUCCUCCCAGUACGACCUCCACCGGCUACUGCAGCUCCUGGCUGAGGUGGACAAACUCCUCAAAUCAAAUGGUCCAGACUUCAGGAAGCUGAGUCAACUAAGUCAGUUGCUGCAGGGGUCAGAGGUCAGCCUGUCUCCCAGGCUGCUACAGUGCUCUUCUCCCUCCAUCCAGCAGGAAGAGUUCCAGGCUGCAGUGGACGCUUUGCAAGCAAGGGGGCGCUACAGCCAGGCCAGGCAGGUUGCCCUCCUGGCAGGCCUGCCCGUCCAAGGUCUUCUGCUCAGCCAGCUACUUCAGGAAGUGAACUCCCUGAGGUCUAAGCGACAAUGGGCGAGGCUAGAGACCCGGAUCACUUUCUGGAAGAAGUGUCACGAGCAGCUGAAAGCUGACAGCAGUGAUCCAGAAUCUGUCUCUAAGUUCUUCCUGUCUCAAGCUGAAACUGGUUCUGCUGCAUCCCCAAUGAAUGCAGAGUCUCAGACGGAGCUGCUGGACAUUCAGGAGCGUUGCUUAAUGCUUGGGAUUGUUGCUCACUGGCUCUCCCUUAUAAACCCAGUUCCCAUGAGUGAACUGGAGAGCCUGGAGAAAAAACUGUGGCUCAGCAGGGUCCGUAAACACAUUCUCACCAUCGCCAUGGAGAAGGAGAGCGUUUUUAACCUGCCGCAGCCUGCGGUCACACCUGAAAUGAACACAUAUGAAGUGCUCAUGAAGGAGUUCUCUUUUUCUAGCAUAUCAGUUCUUAAUACAGAGCAAUGCUUCAGUUUGGAGGGGCUGCCUGGUACCUCUGAGGAACAGAAGAAACCGAAUGUUGGAUCAGAAUUAAGUCAGGAGGAGAGGAGUGUUCUGGCUGAACUGAUUAGCAAGUUAUUAGAUGAGGGCAGUAUCCAUGAAGCCAGUCGUGUCUGCCGUUAUUUCUCCCUAUACCACCCAGACAUGCGGGUGGUGCUGCGCUGCCGAUGCCUGGCAUCUGGAGACCUGAAACCUGAACCACACGAAGAGGCUUCUGAAGCACCAGCAAUAAAGAGCAUUACUAGUUCUCACUCAUUCAGCAGCCUGUCCUCAUUUGUGAUGCUGCCAUUCCCUGAAGAUGAGGUUGCUGUCCAGCUCCAGAAACUAGUGGAUCUGUGUCGCCAUGGCAGUAACUAUUGUAAACAAGUCCUCAGCCUCUACCAGCUCUCUAAGGAGCUGCAGUGCUCCUUCACUCAGAUGUGCAGGGAGGAACCUUGCUCUGUGCUGGAGAAGCUGCUGCUCUCAGAGCAGCCGGAGCGCUUUAGAAAGGCUCAUGCAUUCAUCAGAGCUCAGGGUCUCUCUGCAGACACUGUAGCUGAGCUGGUCUCUUCUGCUGUGGUUCAGGCACUGCUGACCUCCAACCAAGAGCUGCAGUCUGUGGAGAAGCAGGUAUUCAGGAUGUCGGAGGGAAGAGACUCACUGGUCCAGCUGAUCAAACUGUGUGACGACCCAAACCUAGUGGGACUCAAGCUGCUGGAAAACCUCAACACUGUGCCUCUGAGAGAACUUAGCUGCAUUGUAGAGCUGCUGAUUGUGGCUCAUGACUGUUUCAGUCUCACCUGUAACAUGGAGGGCAUUGUGAGAAUCCUCCAAGCUGCCCGUCACCUCAGCCAUACCUACCUGGCUCCAGGGGAGCACCACAGCCUGCUGGUGCGUCUCUUGACAGGUAUUGGCAGGUACAAUGAGAUGACGUACAUCUUCGACCUGCUGCAUCAGAACCAUUGCUUUGAGAUGCUGUUGAGAAAGAAAGUGGACACAGAGAAAGGACAGAGCUCCAGUCUGAAGACAGCCCUGCUGGAUUACAUAAAGCGCUGCCUUCCGGCAGACAGUGAGAAGUACAACAUGGUGGCGCUGUGUUUCAGCAUGAGAAGGGAGAUUGGAGAAAACCACGAAAUGGCUGCCAGGACACAGCUGAAGAUGAUUGAGUCUCAAGUCUGGGUUGUCACUCCUGAGCUGAAGGCUUCGUUACUCAAGGUGUUAGGGCUACUGAAGGAUGCUGCAGAGAGCUUCUCCAAGGACUCAUGUGUACGUCAGGCAAAUCGCUGUGUCCAGACAGCUAAACUGGUCACUCUUCAGCUCCACUUCCUCAACCAGGGAUCAGACUUGCGCGUCAUCAACCUGCGACCUGUAGAGUUCCUGAAUACUACCAUAGCUCUGCCACGAUGCUACCAGGUGUUUGUGGUGGCUGAGGCCUACAGCUAUAGUCCAGACUGGGCUGAGAUUUUGUACCAGAAGGUGAUCCUGAAUGGAGACUUUGUGUAUUUGGAGGAGCUAAAACGCCAUCGUCUGCUCACCUCCACCCUGUUUGAGGACAUUUUCAAAAAGCUGGAUGGGGCUCCCAGCAGCGCCACUCCCAACGUGAAGCGCCUGCUGUCUCACUGUGAUGAUGUGUACAGCCGCUAUAGGCUGGCCUACCAGCAGAAGCUGUAUGACAUCACCAAGUCUAUGCUUCAGGACACCAAGACGUCCAACUACCUAAGUGACAAGCUUGCAAGCUGAUCCUAUGACUGAUUUCAUGAUCAAGAACGAAUAAUAACCAGUUACUGAGGCAUAUUUAUAUAUAUAUAUUUAAAAAUACUAAUAAAAACAUUUUUUGAAUUUUCCUCUGCCUUUUUCCAAUUGGAUAUAUAUAAAAGACAAAUUAAGUGAAAUAUACUUACUGUUGUGCAGAUGAUCAAAUCCAAAUGGUCAUUGGAUUGUUUUUUUUCUCGCUGCCAUGUUGCAGUCCUUGGUUAAAUGGCUGCUGUUUCAAAAUCACUGAUUAAAUGAGCACACAAUCCUAACAAUAUGUACACUAACUGUGCAAUUCACAUUAAAGACACUUUUGAAUUA